AUGGAAAGCAAGACUGGAAUCUUCGUCGGCUUAAACAAGGGCUUCAUUGUCACCAAGCCCAAGGUCAACACCCGCAAACAAAAGGCAUCUUACAGAAAGGGUAAGUUGGGCAAGAGAGUCGCAUUGGUGAGAGAGGUUAUCAGAGAAGUCUCUGGACUCGCCCCAUAUGAGCGCAAGAUGAUUGAAUUGAUCCGUACUGGUAUUGCCACCAAGGAGAAGAAGGCUGUUAAGCUUGCCAGAAAGAGACUCGGAACCCAUAAGAGAGCUCAAAUUAAGAGAGAUGAGAUCAAUGAGAUGAUCAGAGCCCAAAAAAGAAAGUGA